CAUUAUUCUUAAAUUCUUCAAAUUGGGGUUCCAAAAUUAGAUCACACACACAAUUUCUAUAUAAAGUUUAAUUAUAAAUGCUGAUCAUUUGGCAUCGAGUAACCGCUGAGGGAUGAAAUGGGGGGGUCGACCAUCGGAACCGGAACCUGAGCCGCCCGCUGCAGAGUCGCCCAGGACUUCCAGGUGGAGUAAAGGUUCUGCAAAAAAGCCCGUCGAAAUAGCAUCUAGCCCAACCCAAGCCCAACCAAAUACCAUCAGCAAUGUGGGCCUCUACAAGGCCACCUUCUACAGCAACAUAGGAUCCUUUUUCUUUGGGAUCGCAGUGGGUUGGUCGGGAUCGGUGGAGAAGUCGGUGAUGGAGCACCAAUCGUACUUAUUCAAUCUCUCGGCGGCGGAAUGGAACGGAGUUUGUAUAUUACUGACCCUUGGAGCGGCGGUGUGGUGUGUGCCCAUGGGUUAUAUGGUGCGAUCCUGCGGCUGCAAGCGCACCAUCCUCAUGCAACUGCUCCCAAAUACUUUGGGAUGGUGCCUCACCGCCUUCGCCCAGAGUGUCUAUAUGCUAUAUGCUGGUCGCUUUGUGCUGGGAAUGUGCGGAGGUGCCCAUUGCGUGGCGGUUCCCAUCUACAAUGCCGAAAUCAGUACCAAUAUAAAUCGUGGUGCCAUGAGUGUACUCUUCCAGGGGGCCUGCAUAUGCGGUGUGCUCUACAGCUUUACCAUGUCCAUUUUCCUGGAACUGUGGCUGGUUAACUUCCUGAAUCUGGGAGUCCUUACAUUGGGCCUCCUGCAGAUCUUCAUGCCGGAAUCGCCGGCGUACUAUGUGAGUCGGGGUAACAUCCCACGGGCGGAGGCCUCACUGCGAUAUCUCCGUGGCAAGAAGUACGAUGCGAGGCGGGAGAUCGACCAUCUGAUGAGGGAACCCACCGCAAGUGAGCAGGACGUGCGCCAAGGACCGACGCGAGGCUUCAAGUAUAAAAAAAUACGAAGGAGUCUCGCGCGGACCUUGGCGCUUGCCGUGCUCCAAAAGCUGUGUGGUGCCCUGAUCUUCAUCUUCUAUGCCCCCAAUAUGCUGACCUGCCUGAAGAUUCGUCGGGAGUAUGGAUCAGUUUUGGCCAUCGGGGUGACAUUUGGCUUAAUCCUGUGCAUUUCGCUGGUGGAUCGAGUGGGUCGAAGGAAGCUGCUUAUCUUCUCAUCUUCAGUGAUGGUUUUCAUGUCCAUUUUUCUCGGCCUGUACUUCAAGAUAUGGAUGUUUAUGGAAACGGAAGUCCUUCCCUGGGUGGCCCUAUUCUGCAUAUCUCUCUUUGUGGGUGCCUAUGUCACCGGAGUGGGCUCGCUCACCUGGCUGCUCAACGUCGAGCUCAUUGUGCCCGCCAUGCGCCCCUUGGGCUGUGCCAUCGCCUGUACAUCCAAUUGGCUAACUGCCUUCUUCGUGGUCUGCUGGUUUGCCAGCCACGAGGUCAAGUGCCAACCGUAUCUAUUCCUGCUCUUCGCCAUCAUUGCCGUGAUCAUACUGCUCUUUUCCAUGGUCUUCAUUCCGGAGACCAAGGGCCUGUCAUCGUCGAAGAUACAGCAGCGGAUGGGAGGCAUUAUGAACAGGCCAACGGUGGUCACCUUCACAUCGAGCAGCGAUUCCUCGGAUGCUUAGUCAUUGUCUCAAAUAAAUCCAAGUGUUAGUCA